AUGCCUGCCAAAGCCGCUGCCGCCGCUCCCAAGAAGUCUGGCCACGCCAGUUAUCAGGACAUGAUCACUGAUGCCAUUGUCAACCUCAAGGACCGAAAGGGCUCUAGCCGUCAAUCCUUGAAGAAGUAUGUCAAGGCCAACAACACUCUCAAUGUCACCGACAACAUGUUCGACUCUCUCUUCAACAAGGCCUUGAAGGCUGGUGUCGACAAGGGUGUCUUUGAGCAGCCCAAGGGUCCUUCCGGUGGUACCAAGCUCGCCAAGAAGCAACCUGAGGCUAAGAAGCCCGCUGCUCCUAAGAAGCCCGCUGCCGAGAAGAAGGAGGCCGCUGAGAAGCCUGCUGUCAAGAAGCCCGCUGCUAAGAAGACCGCCGCCCCUAAGAAGGCUACUACCGAAAAGAAGGCUGCUGCCCCCAAGAAGGCCGCCGCUGAGAAGAAGACCACUGAGAAGAAGGCUGAAAAGGCUGAGAAGGCUGAAAAGCCUGCUCCUGCCAAGAAGCCCGCUGCCCCCAAGAAGGCUGUUGCUACCAAAAAGGCCGACAAGGCUGAGAAGCCCGAGACAGCUCUUACAAAGACAAAGACAGGUCGCGUCACCAAGACCACCAAGGCAGCACCUGCAAAGAAGCCUGCUGCACCUAAGAAGGCAGCACCCAAGAAGGCCGCUGCCAAGGCGUAA